UGAGCAUCUGCCUGGAUGGUGCAGAGCUUCCAAGAAACUGCGAUGGAGAAGCUGAAGCGAACGGUGGAGCAGGCCCGGGCUGCCUUCAACACGGGCAAGACGCGCCCGUUGGCUUUCCGGAUCCAGCAGCUGAAAGCUUUGAAAAAGAUGGUGCAGGAGAAAGAGAAGGAAUUCUCCGCAGCCAUGAAGGCGGAUCUCAACAAGAGUGAAUUCAACAGCUUCAGCUACGAGUUUAUGAUCGUCCUGGGCGAGAUCGAUCUGAUCUUGGAGAAGCUUCCCGACUGGGCGAGCCCCCAGUCCGUGGAAAAGACCAUUCUGACGUUGAAUGACAAGACCUACAUCCAUCGUGAGCCCCUGGGCGUCACCCUGGUCAUCGGGGCAUGGAACUACCCUUUUGUUUUGAUCAUGGGGCCUCUGCUAGCAGCCAUCGCUGCCGGCAAUGCUGUGGUGGUCAAGCCGUCGGAGAUCAGUGAAAACACAGCCAAGGUGUUUGAAAAGCUGCUGCCUCAAUACAUCGACAAG